AUGUCGCCUUGUUUCGGCCCGACCUCGCGCCUUGGGGGGAGACUGCUAAUGAAUAUUCCGGAAAUACGAACGGUGUUUCUUUGCACUUCUUUGGCGGUGGUUCCAGCGGCCGCUGAGUGGAACAGCUGGGGCAGGGCGAGGCGGCAGGUCCCGAACGGGGCUGCAUUGCAGUUGGUGCUGUUUGUUUGGGGUGCCAAGUACUUCUUGGUUUUCGAACGAAGCACUGGCAUGGAGCCGUGCAUCUGCAGUUUCCCUUUUGCUCUCGCACUGGCCCUUGUCAUUGAGCUCAGGAAACGCCUCCGAGGGUGUUGGUGCGAUAUCAUCAGGGCUUAUUGA